GAUGCUGAUACCUUAGAGAUGAUGAAGAAGCCCCGCUGUGGCGUUCCAGACGGCAUCGAUGCCAGUUGCUCCACUUUUGGAGAAAACCUCAAGUGGACUAAGAACAGCCUCACCUACAGGAUAGAGAACUACACACCUGACAUGCCAGUGUCAGAGGUCGAUGACUCCAUAGAGAAGGCACUGCAGGUUUGGGCCAAAGUCACUCCUCUGAGAUUCACAAGAAUCUACAGUGGCACUGCUGACAUCAUGAUCUCCUUUGGCCGCCUACAGCAUGGUGAUUAUUACCCCUUUGAUGGUCCUGGACGCACUCUUGCCCAUGCCUUCGGCCCAGGGCCUGGAAUUGGAGGAGAUGCUCAUUUUGAUGAAGAUGAGAGGUUCACUUUCCGCUCCAACAAUAGCUACGUCCCCUUCAUGGUGGCUGCCCAUGAGUUUGGCCACUCCACAUGCUUCUUCUGGCGUAGCUACUCCAAGAGUGUGACACCACAGCGUCUCAUAACAAACUUCUGGCCCAACGCCCCCAUCAACAUCGACGCUGCUUAUGAAAGCCGACAAUCAGACAGUGUCUUAUUCUUUAAAGAUCAGAGAGUGUGGGCUUUCAGUGGCUCUGAUCCUGUAUCUGGCUAUCCUAAAAGUCUUAGCAGUUUUGGUCUGCCCGCAACUGUGAAGAAAAUCGAUGCAGUGCUCUAUGAUGAAGCAUCUGGCAAGACUCAGAAUGAGCUUUAUGAUGAGGUCAAAAGGACUAUGGACCAGGGAUUCCCCAAGCAGUUGGAUCAGACCUUCCCUGGCCUGACCAGUAAGGUGACUGCAGCUUUCCAGGACAGAG